GCGCUUUCGAGCUUUACGCAAUGCAAAGUGCAGAGCCCCUGUGACCUGAUUGUUGUGCGCUCAAGGUGGAGUUUUCUGCUCCAUCACAUCUACAACGCGCAGUGCUGAUCUGUUGUCCUGAGAAGAGCACGCUGUCUGCAGCAGGAAGCGGCUGAACAACACAAGCGAGAGCGUUUUUUGCAUUUCAGGACAAUUUCCCUCCUACUUGGGAGGUGUCGAGAAACAUGCGUUCAACGCGCAGGUGAAAAACAUAUCUGCUAAUUGCAAUCUGCAAAUUCUUCGCUGCAGCAACUUUUAAGUCCUGGGAAGAUUUGUUGCAUUUGCUUUGACUAAGAUUCAUAAAUAUUAGUUUUGAUAAUUUAGAGAAAUGUCUCGCAAGAAGGCUGCUAAAGGUAAAGCCGCGACCAGCAGCCCGUCUGCGGGGAGCCCCGCCGGGAAAGGGGCCGGGAAAGCUGCGAGGAGCAGCCCGGGCAUUGUUCAGAUGAACGGCGUGGUCCAUCCCAGUAGACCAUCCAUCAGCAACAGCAGCGAGUUCUAUGACAUCGCUUUCAAGGUGAUGCUGGUUGGAGACUCUGGUGUGGGGAAAACAUGUCUACUGGUUCGCUUUAAAGACGGAGCUUUCCUGGCUGGCAGCUUCAUCUCCACUGUGGGCAUUGACUUUAGGAAUAAAGUCCUGAACAUUGAUGGAGUCAAGGUGAAGCUCCAGAUCUGGGACACAGCUGGACAGGAGAGGUUCCGCAGUGUCACUCAUGCCUACUACCGUGACGCCCAUGCUUUGCUUCUGCUCUAUGACGUCACCAACAAAACCUCCUUUGACAACAUAAAGGCUGAUGCCACUCAUGAGAGGGUGGUGAAGAGAGAAGAUGGCGAGAGGCUGGCAAAGGAGUUUGGAGUUCCCUUCAUGGAGACCAGCGCCAGGACAGGUCUCAAUGUAGAGCUGGCUUUCACUGGAGUGGCUAAGGAGCUCAAGCACCGGUCUUUGAAAGAUCCCAGUGAGAAGUUUAAGCUCCAGGAGUACGUAAACAAGGAGAUGAAGAGCACAGGCUGCUGCAGGUCCUAAAGCCUGCCCUUAUAGUCAUUGUCUGGAUCUGAUUGAGUGUGUAUAUUUAUGCGUGUGUGGAUCACUCAUGUUCAUAUCUGGCCCGAUCAAAGAUGAGGAGUCGGCUCCAGCUUCUGAUUCUCCACCCUCAAACCUCCCUCCAUCUGUAGUCCUGCACUCAUCUCACUGCCCUACUCUUCCUCGCCUGACUCUCCCUGCAGCUGUGAAUGCAGCCCCAGGUUGAGAUUUGCAAAAGACAAAGUUAGACGCUGCUCACCUCCCAGUUAUUAACCUAUUCAUGGACAUUUGUCCUCCAUAACUGUACCUGCACCAUAUUUUAAACCCAGCAUUGAAUCAGACACCUAUCUUUGCUUUACCUUGUGUGGUUGUUUUAUUGUGAAGGGAUUUAUUCGCACCAGAAGUUAUUGAAAGAUGAUGUUUUUGUAAAGCCAUUUAUUAUUCUCAUCCAUUUAAAGUGAAAUGUUUGUUGGAUGUUCUCUUCUUGGUCAGUUUGUAGAUGGAUGUUCGUAUAUGUACAUGUCUCACCAGCAUAAACUCAAUCCAAGCAUUUCUAUGAUUCAGCUGUGGAUAUUUGGCAAUAUGUCUUUACUUGUAGUACUUGAUGUUGCUGUUUUGUAUAUAAGGGUAUGACAUACAGAAUAGCAUCAUCAGCCACAAUCAAUUGUUUUAUUUUAAUUCAUGCUAGAUGAAAAUAAAGUAUACAGUAGUUUAAUCAAGCCUUCAGAAACAUGGCAGUGCAUGGGUUCCAGAAACUUAAACAUUUUGGGUAUUUUUCCAAUAUUAGAAGAUUAAUGUUGAGUCUUGAAGAGCUCUAAUGCAACCUCUAUUCAUAACUUAUAUUCUUUAGUUUUGAAAUGAUUUAAAACAUGUAUAUACAUAACCUUUUUUCUGCAUGUAAAAAGCUUGAUCGAGGAGAAGAGCACUUUAGAUGGUAAAUGAGUAAGUGUGUGAUUUUAGAUAUUAGAGGAAUAAGACCUAUAGUACAUUGACAAUGUUGUCUAAAGUAUUGUAUACAACACACAUGUACAUUUCUCUUUAUUUGUAGUCAAAUGUUCAUACUUUAGCUGUAUUUCUUUUUAUUUACCAUUCAUGAAUAUUUAAAUGGGGUAUAUAUAUGCCAUGCUUUUUGAAAACAUUUUUGAAGUUUCUUAUAAACUUUUAACAUAACAGAAGCAUAGGCCUCUUUUUAUGACUGUUGCUUUGGUAGAGUUCAUCUUAAUUAUAGAAACUGGUCAUCUCUGUACAGUAUUUACUGCAUAUGUUCAUGUUUUUCCAAAUCUUGAUGUUCAGAGUAAUGUAUUGAUUAUUGGUUUUUACUACUUUUCAAUGUGCAACUUCUUUCUUGUAUCUGAACGUUAACUACAAUAAAAAUAGAAGGUAAUAUUG